AUGGGAGUGGAGGGCAUUCUCCAACAUAUUCAGAAGGAUGAUAUUGUCUUCCUGGCCUUGACCAUUCUUACUAGUCUCGUCUACACUUUUUACUUCAAGGAGAAACCUGAUCCUUACCAUCAUAUUUGGUUCGAGAAGCCCCAGGCAACAGAUUCAAGCGCGAAGGGGGCCGAUACGAGAGAUAUCGGGCUGAAGAUCGAGGAGAAUGAGAAAGAUCUCGUUAUAUUCUGGGGUUCUCAAUCCGGAACCGCAGAAGGACUUGCAAAUCGACUGGGAAGAGACUGCCGGAGUCGCUUUGGACUCGAUGCCCUUGUUGCAGACCUGUCAGACUAUGACACAGAGUCUAUUGCCAAUAUUCCAGAAACGAAGCUGGCUAUUUUCAUCCUGUCGACCUACGGGGAAGGCGACCCUAGCGACAAUGCCACGAACUUUCUCUCCUGGUUGGAUUCAAGCAAGACGACGCAGUUUUUCAAACUUCGCUACAUAGCUUUCGGGCUCGGAAACAAGAAUUACAAGUUCUACAACAGAGUUAUCGAUGUUGUGACUGAAGCACUCGAUCGAUUUGGGGCAAAGCCACUGAUGCCUGUUGGCCGAGCGGAUGAUUCAGAUGGCGGUACUGAUGAGGAUUUCACUGAGUGGAAACAAUCAUUGUUCACACUGUUUCGUGAACAGCUUGGAUUUGAGGAGCGGCCAGCACAGUACGAGCCUACCUUAAGAAUUCUGGAGGAUACCUCUUUGGAUGUCAUUGACCUUCAUAUUGGUGAGCCUAUCAAGGCUCUAAUUGGAAAGAGAGAAACCCCAAACAUUUCGCCAAUUCAUGCUCUCCCAAUAAAGCUCGCAAAGACGCUCCUUUCCACAACAGAACGCAAUUGCCUGCACUUGGAACUCGAUACCAGCGACUUUCCUGAACUCAAGUACAAGACGGGCGAUCACCUUGCUAUAUGGCCAUCAAAUCCUAUAUCAGAGAUCCAGCGAUUGGUCGGUAUCCUCGGUCUCAACUCGAAAUUAGUCACUCGGACCCCUUUGUUAAUUCAAAGUCUCGACCCUGCCAUUAAAGUCAAAGUGCCAUCGCCAACUACGUGGGAGGCACUCUUCCAAUACUACCUCGAAAUCUGCGCACCGGUUCCUCGAGACACAGUUCUUGCUCUAGCACAGUUUGCACCUUCGGAAUCCGCAAAAGCUAGUCUGAAGCAACUGGGCGAGGAUAAAGGCAUUUACCAUGAUUACUGUUCGAAAACACAUGUCACCUUUGGUAGAUUGCUUGAGAGUGUCUCCUCUUCUUGCGGAUCAUGGUCCAACCUUCCCCUCUCAUUUGUUCUCGAAAGCCUUCCAAUACUCUCACCACGCUACUACUCCAUCUCGUCCUCCUCCAUCGUCUCUCCAAAACAAAUUUCUAUCACUGUCUCAACAUCCACCGAAGCCUCGCCCACGCACAACGCCUCUAUCCCAGGCCUCACAACAAAUUACCUCCUUGCAAUAGAUCAAACUAAACGUAAUGAUACCGUGUCCGGACCAAGUUACAAUUUAUCUGGGCCAAACGGUACUCUUGAGCAAGGAGGGAAGCUCUUCGCACAUAUUCGGAAGUCAAAAUUCAAACUCCCCGUGGAUCCAAAGAACCCCAUCAUUAUGAUUGCUUCGGGCAGUGGAGUGGCACCUUUCCGCGGCUUUAUAGCUGAACGGGCACGUAUAGCAGCCAUUGGGCGCCAGGUGGGAAAGAGCCUCCUCUUCUUUGGGUGCCGUUCUCCGGACGACUAUCUUUAUCAAGAUGAGCUGGAAAGCCUUCAAAAUUCCAACAAGGAGGUGGAGAUUGUGAUGGCUUUUUCGAGAACGGAAAAAAAUGCUAAAGGAGGGAAAUGUUAUGUUCAGGAUCAGGUUGAAGAGAGGGAUAAGGAAGUUGUGAAGUUGUUGUUGGAGCAAAAUGCAUAUUUCUACAUCUGUGGCAGUGCGGGCAUGGCGAGGGAUGUUGCGGCGAGGUUGGGUGAGUGCUUGAGAAGGAGAGUUGGAUGGAGUGAAAGUGAACUGAGAGAGUGGUCUGAGGGAAUGAGAAGGACGCACAGGUUCCAGGAGGAUGUUUGGGGGUAA